AUGCUGCACCCAGAGCUGCCCCUGCACCUGCUGGACCUUGCCCGGCGCUACGGGCCCGUCUACCGGCUCCGCUUCGGGGCCAAGGACGUGGUGGUGCUGAACAGCGUGGAGUCCAUCCGCCAGGCGCUGACCCAGAAAUGGUCUGAUUUUGCCGGGCGCCCCCCCAGCUUUGUCGCGGAUCUCAUCUCUCUGGGGGGCCACGAUCUGUCCCUGGGCGACUUCACCCCCAGCUGGCGGCUGCAGCGCAAAGCGGCUCACUCGGCCCUGGCCCGCGCCCAGCGCCUGCAGCUCGACCCGGUUCUGGGGGCCCAGGCGGCCGCGCUCUGCCAGGUUUUCCGUAGCUAUGGGGGGGCCGCUGUGGACGUGGCCCAGGACUUCUCGCUGCAGACGUGUCGCACCAUCUGCGCCCUGGCCUUCGGCCCCAUGAUGCCGGACGCCGCCGCCACCCGGGACAUCCAGGCCUGUAUCACGGAGCUGGUGGAGCUGUGGGGCCGGGGCGCCGUGCGGGCGCUGGACGCGCUGCCCCUGCUCAGGGUGUUCCCCAGCGGGGCCCUGCGGCGGCUCCUGACGCAGGUUCGGUUCCGAGACGCCUUCGUCCGGGCCCAGAUCCAGCAGCACCAGGAGUCGCUGCGCCCCGAGUGUGCCCGGGACAUGGUGGAUCACAUGCUGCAGCUGCUGGGGGAGCGGCGAGGGGCUGGGGGGGACCCCGCAGCUGAGGGGGGCCUCACCCCGGAGCACGUUCACAUGGCGCUCGUGGACCUCUUCAUCGGGGGCACCGAGACCACGGCCGCCCUGCUCACCUGGGCCGUGGCCUUCCUGCUGCACCACCCCCAGGUCCAGGACGGGAUCCACGCGGAGCUGCAGCGGGUGCUGGGCCCCGAGCGCCCCCCCAGCUAUGGGGACCGGGAUCGGCUGCCCCUGCUCAGUGCCACCAUCUCCGAGACGCUGCGUCUGCGCCCCGUGGCGCCCCUCGCCCUGCCCCACAGCACCACGCGGGACACCAGCCUCUUGGGCUUUGCCAUCCCCAAGGGAACCACCGUGAUCCCCAACCUCUUCGCCGCCCACCACGACGCGGGCACCUGGCGACACCCCCUGGAAUUCAGGCCAGAGCGGUUCCUGGAGGCGGACGACCCCCGGCUGGCCCAGCGCAACCUGCUACCCUUCAGCUGUGGGGCCCGGGCCUGCCUGGGGGAGACCCUGGCCCGGGCCGAGAUCUUCGUCUUCCUCGGGCACGUCCUGCGCGAGUUCCGGAUGGAGCCCCCUGCGCCCGGCGCCCUCCCGGCCCUGCGGGGCGUGUUCGGCACCGUGGUGCGGUGCCCCCCGUUCCGUGUCUGCUUCCUGCCCCGGGGGCCCCCUGAGCCCUCCGUGACCCCAUAG